UGUCUCCCUGGACUGUUCUGCUGUUGGCACACGCACGCUGGGACCAUAUUAUGGACUUCGGCUGCUGCCACAUCAGCAGUCCAGCACAUGCCGAACAGGCACCACAAAUGGGAAAAGGACAGCACCUCCCGUUACCUUUUCUCGGUUUCUACAGAGAACGAACGUCUUAUGUAAUUAUUCAGACAACAGGUUACAGCUGGAUGUGGAGGGUUGCCUGGCAAAGUCCUUAAAAACUCUGCUCCGGCUCUCCUCCCAAAGGGACAGUGAUUUCGAUGGCAUCACUAAUGUCAUGUUUUCCGAGGAUGCAAGGCUCAAGAUAACGUCUGGAUACAGAAGUGCUUCAGGAGAGCCACACACUGAAGGAUCCAGAUCGCCGAUCACAGUCUUUCGCUUUAUAUUGAGGCUAUUGCAGGCUUCCUCAGAAAACUGUUGGAGGCGGACAACACCUUUCGCUUGGAGACUUCUGCUGUAGGCAUCAGAGGAGGCUUUGAGGCUUCACGGACCCCAAACAACAGCUGGGUGAAGGACCUGAUGACACUGUUGAGAACUUGAAGCCCUAGAGGUGACCUUCUGCAGUUCAGUCCAAUUCAUCCUUGAUGCUGCGUGUAAAAAUCCAACAAGACGGCUCGAUAUAACCGAUGUCAGCAGGAACCGCAAAGAAUGGGAGAUCCCCGGGACUACUUGGGGGACGACAGCCCGUUGAUCACGGCCGCGUACCUGGGGAAGCUGCGGCUGGUACGGAUGUUGGUAGAUGGGGGGGCCCAGGUGAACGAGCGCAACCAGAGAGGCGAAACUCCCCUUCUGGCAGCCUGUAAGGCCAAGCUAAGGGGGGAGCAAACCAGCAGCCCCAGUCUGCGGCUCCUCCAGUAUCUGCUGGAUAACCGGGCCGACCCAAACAGCCAGGACAAGGCUGGGCGCACGGCCCUCAUGUACGCAUGCAUGGGCCGGGCAGGACCAGAGGUGGCCACGGUGCUGGUUCAAGCAGGGGCCGACCCUAGUAUGGAGGAUUACACAGGGGCCUCAUCGCUGGUCUACGCCAUCAACGCCCGAGACCAGGCCACGCUCCAGGUUCUGCUGGACGCUUGUCGGGAGGGCGGGCGUGACAUCAUCAUCAUCGCCACAGAGCUGAGUGCCGGGGGACGCCCCAUUACCCGCCGCUACCUGAACGUGUUGCCCUCGCCGGACACGUCACCAGUGUCCUGCAUGUCCCCGUCCGAGAUCGAGCUCAAGACCGGCUCCCCAGGCUCAGAGGCUGAGGCCGGAGGGACGGUCUUUGACUUCAGAGCCACGGGGAGCGGGGAGGAAGACGUCCGCCGGCUACGCUCGGAGCCCUGUCUCGCCAUCCACAACCUGGCACACCUGCGUAGCUCCUACACAGAAGGCAACCGGCGGCAGGAAGUGACAGACGAAGAGGACGAGACAGAGGCCAGGCACUUCCUGUCGCCUGAGCCGCCUACUUAUGCAGGAGGCCGGAGAUGGUCCCUCCACGCCCUGGGUGGCCAAGCUUGGGAGACUUGUGAGGCUGCUAAAGGCAGGCCGAGCCUGGGGAGGCCGCCACGCAGGGGACCUCCAGAGAAGCUCUCCCUCCCCAGCAAUGCCCCAUUCCUGGGCAGGAGGAACACACUGCCAGCCCUGCAGGACCAGCAUCUGCUCCAGCUGCCCUCCUUGACCGUUCCCCGUCACACCUCUGACUCCCAGCUACGAGCUCCUUCACCGGGCUCCCCAGGGUCCUCUGAGUCCGGCGUGAUGCGGAAGUUUCCAGAGCCUCCAGCACACAAGUCUCCAGCGAGGAUUGGCUUCCUGCCUCCGAUCCCUGCAAGUGCCACUCAACCCCUGGCAGCCCACGGUCCCCCAGAAGCGACUCCCCGCGGUGGCCAGCAAGGCAGGAGGUCACGGCGCCACUCCAUACAGCUGGAGCGAGACGAUUCACAGGACGUCCUUACACUCUGACGGUCUGAAAGGAACUUAGGAGAUUGAGGUCCUUGCAAGUGAGCCUGAGAGGGAUGCAGAAAUAAGGUCAACAUCGAUUUAGGCAGAUGGAGAGGACCUAAUAGCCACAAAGAACAGCAAUGAGGGUGACUUGGUGCAUCCAGGAGGACAGGAAGUUGAUAGGAACCACUCUUGGAAAAAUAGGCUAAAACCUAUUAGAACCUUUAUUUUGAGAGGAGACAGAUGAUGUCAUCCUGAAGUUAGCAAAUGCCACCAAUGGCCAGCUGGAUGGUAGCACCUGCAGCCACUGGCUCACUGUACCCAAAGUAUCAGCUCAUGGUUUGACUUACAUAAAUAUGUUCUGAGGGCAGACAGAAAAAUUCUGAGAGAUAACCAAUCAGAUUGUAGAGGAAGUGGGGCCAAGACAUCUGAUUAGUUGGUCCUACUUCCUCUGGUUGCUUGGACCCACCUCCUCUACAAUCUGAUUGGUUCAGAGAGAGAACCAAUCAUUUUUGUAGUUAAACUCCCACAAGCCAAGCAUCAGGGGGUUGGGGAUCCAGCCAAGAUGUCUUACAGUAUUGGUUUGGUUCCUUAUGUUAGUUAAUGGAAACAAUGUUUACACACAACCAAUUUAAAGCCGCAGAGUAGUGAACUCGUAUCAGAGGAGAAUUUAUUCCC